GAAUUGGAGUAUAGGUGUGGGAUUUGAUAUUGUUGAAUAUGGGUGUAUUUCUUAAAAUGUUGGGUUUUUAUAUUCACUAUUCCUCAAAAUCAAACCAAGUUUCUGAUAGGCGUCCAAUGGUGAAGGGGUUACCCCCACUCUUUGAGUUUUAAAAGCAACCCAGCACAAAGGUUUUGAGUUUUGACUUUCAUUUGGAAACCAAAACAGAAUCCUGAAUUCAGUCAUCCAUUCUCAAUUUCGUUUCAAGUUUUUUCCAUUGAAUUGUCAGGGCUUCAGUAUAAGAGAUGAAAGGCUUCAAGGGAAGAUUGCUGAAGAAACUCAAAUUCAUACCUACUAUCAAGUCUUUGAGAAAAAGCUUUGCCUUCCACCCAUAUCACAAACACCCUUUCUCCAAUCAUAAUCGCUAUAGUCAACCAGUUUACAAAGACCAAGACUGCAAAAUCAACAUUCAUAUCCCUGACCCAGUUAUCCAUUCUAAAGAUCAAAAGGGUAAAGGAACUGCUUUGGAUCAAUUUGAUGUUGGCCACCAGGACAAUAACAAGCCUGCACCCAAGAUUGAGUUCAAAGAGACUGCGACUAAAGAGGGUCAUUCUCAGCUUCCAAUCGCCUCAAACGCCUUUGACAAACCUGAAACUGUGAAUAUACAUUCACCCUUGAAAGAUUUCGAAGAGAAAUGUCCACCAGGUGGGGAAGAUUCAGUGGUUUUAUACACAACAAGCUUGAGAGGGAUAAGGAAAACAUUUGAAGAUUGCAACGCUAUCAGAUAUCUUUUGAGCAGUUUCAGGAUAUUGGUCCAUGAAAGAGAUGUCUCAAUGGACAUGGAGUUCAGGGAAGAACUAUGGAGGUUAUUUGGUAAAAAAGUAAUCCCUCCAAAGCUGUUCAUAAAAGGAAGAUACAUAGGAGGAGCUGAUGAAGUCAUUGGACUCCAUGAGGAAGGAAAGGUUAAGAAACUCUUCGAAGGGAUACCUUCAAAUAUCCCUUGUAGUGAGUGUGCCAAUAUGCGGUUCUUGGUUUGCCCCAACUGCGAUGGCAGCCGCAAGGUUUUUGCAGAAACGGAUGAUGAUGAUGAGAUGUGCUUGAAAUGCCCUGAUUGCAAUGAGAAUGGGUUGGUUAAAUGCGCUGCUUGCUGCUGAAAAAUUGUUUUACCUUCUUUGACGAUAUGUUUCACCUUUUGACUUGAUGUUGUUGUAUACUUCCCUUUGCCUUUUAUAUAACAGAUCUCAUUUGCAGGCCUCGAAAUAGUUUGUUUUGUUUGUAUAUGAAGAAAACGACCAAUUGCGUCUUAUUUUCCAUCAA